CUCGCUGCCCACUGCCCACGCUGUCUAACCCCAUGCUCUGCCUUCCCAUAAUACACCACCUUAAGCCCUCAUCUUUGCCCAACGCGUCACUAGACCACCUUUAACCAUGGCAGAGAAUAUGCCCACACCGGUAUCUCCUGGCACCGGGCUCUAUCCUAGCCCUGGCUUAUUAUCUAGCGGCACUUCCGACACGGCAGACGACAGCGGACCGGAUCUCAGUGACAGCCCUCCGGAGAUGCGUAUGCUGCGCUGUAUUGAGCGGCACGAUAAGGAUUUCAGAGAAAAGCUUCACCUCUUGAUCAGAUUUACGAAGAUGGUCGCCCGCGACCACGCCAAGUCCAUCCGCCAUUUGAAGAAGGCUUGCAUGGGAGACGCUCCCGGAAAUCGAAGCAACCAUCAAACACAACCCACCCUAACAGCUCCUGAACCGACCGUCGAAGAAUCCAUCUGGGCUGCUCCACGGCAAGCGGAGGAAGCCGCGGAAGAAGAUUUCGUCGAGAAUUUAACAUCCGCGCAACUGACCUCCAGUUUGAUCCCCCAGGACGUGGCAAACGCCGCAAUUGGAUCCCCUCCUCAGACAGUGUUACCGCCUGCCGCCGGCGACCUUCACCCUAAUGGUGAUAAGCACGAGUUGUAUCAGCCUCCUCGCUUGGAGGAGCCUUCCGGAGAGGAACAUGAGAAUUCAAGUCUUGACGAUACAGACGAUGACGGUGGUUCAUCUUAUUCCACUGAUGACGAUGAUCAUGAUCAGGAUAUCACCUAUGAAGAGUCUCCCACCGCGGACAGGCCCACGCAGAUUGCCCCUGCGGAAACGCAACCUACUACUCCACUACGAAGAGCUGCCGCUCGAAUUCGACAAGCACCAGCAUCUCAACCCAGCAAAAGCUCUCAGGCGACUCGCGAUGGAUCUCGGCGUUGGACGGAAGCUGAGGAAAACUUUAUGAUCAACACCAUCCAUGAUUUGAUGCAAGAACAAGACCUUGGACCGACAAAGACGUACAUGUGGCAACGUGCGUCCGCCAUUCUCAACACGCAUGGCUAC